AUGUCUGGCGAUGAGAUCCCCAUGGACGUCUUCUCCUCGUCUUCCCCCUCUGAGGGCAGUAUGUCCUGCUCCACGGGCCCUACCACUCCGAGCGCAAGCCCGUUGUUUCGUCCCUCCGAGUUCGACGAUCUCAAACUGGCCGCAUUACCGCAGUCGCGCGUCCUCAGCGAGACCGAGUUGCCCAGCAUUGCAGUGAAGAAUGUCUGUGUCGUCGGCGCAGGAUAUGUCGGUGGUCCCACGGCAGCGGUCCUGGCCCUUUAUCACCCCUCCAUCUCAGUAGAAGUGCUUGAUAGAGAUCCAAGCCGGAUUCAACGAUGGCAGUCCCAGCAUUUGCCCGUCCAUGAACCGGGUUUGGAUACCGUGGUUCGCAUUGUACGUGACGGCGCCGAGAUCAACAACGAGGAAGUCAUCCAGCCAGGCUCCUCUGCAUCCAGACGUCCCCAGAACCUGUUCUUCACGUGUAACUCUGCCCAGGCUAUCUCACGGGCAGACAUCAUCCUCAUGGCGGUGAAUACGCCAACAAAGAUGUUUGGUGUCGGCGCUGGAUGCGCCACAAAUAUGACAGCCUUCGACGGGGCUAUGCGGGAUGUUGCAGCUCACGCAAAGCCAGGCGCUAUCAUCGUGGAGAAGAGUACCGUACCAGGAGGGACGGCAGAGCGGGUUCGCAAAAUGCUGGCCACCCACCGCCCUGGCGUCUCUUUCGAGGUCCUUUCCAACCCCGAGUUCCUUGCCGAGGGCACGGCUGUCAAGAACCUCACGGCUCCGGACCGUGUGUUGAUCGGAUCCGCGGCGACUCCCAGCGGACGCCUGGCAGCUCAGAUACUGGCCAACCUCUAUGCAGCCUGGGUGCCUCCAUCGCGCAUUAUCGAGACUAAUGCGUGGUCCUCAGAGCUGGCAAAACUCGUGGCCAAUGCCAUGCUUGCCCAGCGCAUCAGCAGCAUCAACUCGAUCAGUGCGAUCUGCGAGAAAACCGGAGCAGAGGUGGACCAAGUUGCCAAGGCCAUUGGCAUGGAUGUGCGCAUCGGACCCCAGUUCCUCAAGGCAGGACUGGGCUUUGGCGGGUCCUGCUUCCGCAAGGACAUUGCCAGUUUGGCGUACCUGGCGGAAUCCCUGGGCUUGGACGACGUGGCACACUAUUGGCGACAGGUCAAUGUGAUGAACGAGCGACAGCGGGAUCGCUUCUCCCGCAAGAUCAUCGAUCGCUUCGAGGGCAACCUGGUCGGACGCAAGUUGGCAAUGCUCGGGUUUGCGUUUAAGAAGAACACUGGUGAUACGCGCGAGUCCUUGGCCGUGGAAGUCGUUCGUGCCAUUUUGGAAGAGCGACCGGCCGAAAUUGCCAUCUUCGAUCCAUACUGUCGCCAGGAAGAUAUCUUGCGCGAGCUGGAGGCCGUUUGCCCUAGCUCGGCUUUGGGUCAGAUUGUCAAGGUUCAUCCUGACCCGUACCUGGCCUGCUCUCAGGCACACGCAGUGCUGGUGGUGACCGACUGUGACCAGUUCCGGAAUACUCCGGCACGCAAAUCAUCCAAGCAGUCCAUUCUUCCUUCAAUCCAAAAAGAAUUGGCCCGAUCUACCGCGGACGAGGCGAGUGAGGAGAACUCCAAGCGAGCCUGUGCCCGACAGGACCACGAGAUCUGGACCCAUGCGGGCGUCUCUUAUCAACUAAGACCCCAAGUAGCUUGUACUGCAGACUGCGGCGAUUGCCGUUCGGCUGCAACCCGGCCCACAGCCACCGAGGCGAUCGAGUGGACGCGCAUUGCGUACAACAUGGUUGAGCCAAAGUGGGUGUUUGACGGGCGGGGGUUGUUGGAUGCGGCAGAGUUGGAACGGCUCGGCCUGAGAUUCGACGUGGUGGGCCGACGGACCCGCGAGAUGGUGGCAUACUAA